ACAAGCGUGUUUGAGACUUGACGGCAGAAGCCAGUUUGUGGUAUUUGUGGUGUCCUGCGACUGUGCUUUAAGCUGCAUGAAUGACAGCAGGACAGAAAAGAAAGAGUGACGGGAAGCUUUAAAUGAGAGAGAGAGUACAAACAUGGAGGGAGAAAGGAGAGAAGACGCAUCCUUCUCAAGAAAGAGAAGCUUCACUUUUGGAGCUUAUGGAAGGGUUUUUCACUUUCUUGUUUACAGUGUGGACACUGAGUCAGGAGCUGAACCUGCAGAGGACAAAACAGUGGACAUGUUGGAAUCUCCUGUCAAUGAGAGGAAGUCAAUCCUCUCUGCAAGCAACAGCCAGAAGGAAACGGAGCUGUUUGAAAUCAUAGAAAAACUCCAGGGCAGCAGACUUGAUGAGCAGCGAUGUGAGUUCCCUCUACCUCUUAAGUCUCAGCUUUUAAUGAUAGGUGGAGAGCUGCCAGUCAUCCUCCCGUCAAAGCUGGGGGGCUACUGGAUAGACCCUCCUUUGGAGAGGCUUGCAGAUGUCAGUCCCACCUCCUCUCAUCACGGCCUCCACGCAGACGGUUACGAAAUCAUGGAAAGAGACGGCGAGGCCAAAAUUUACCACCAGUUCUUCCGCUCACGGUAUCACCAUUCAUUCACAGCAGUGGAUCCUUCUUUAGGGCCUCUGGUUCUGUCUGUGUGUUUGGAGGAAGAGGACAAUCGGAUGCGAGUCAUACUAAGAAUGAAAGAGUGCUCUCUGCAUGGAGUUUUCUCCCUGACGCUUUUUCCCGGCAUUCCUUCAGCUGUGGAACUGGCAAAGAUGCUAUGUGACAAAGUGACUGUCUCAAAGUUUGAAGUCGUCAGCUACCUCAGGGCUCCUGUGCUAAUAAGUGCAUUCGAUGAGCACAGAGUGUCUUCUAAUUUCAAGUUUGGCGUGUUGUACCAGAAGGAGGAUCAGUUCACUGAGGAGGACAUACUUGGUAACGACGAGGAAAGUGAAGAGUUUACAGAGUUCCUGUCUAUUUUGGGGGACACUGUUCAACUGCAAGGCUUCACUGGCUUCAGAGGAGGCCUUGAUGUGUGUCACGGCCAGACAGGAAGCGAAGCAGUGGUUACUUCCUUUCAUGGGAAAGAAAUCAUGUUCCACGUGGCGACCAAGCUGCCCUUCACCGAUGGCGACCCACAGCAAUUACAAAGAAAGAGACACAUCGGCAAUGACAUUGUGGCACUGGUCUACCAGGAGGGUCAAACACCUUUCCUAGCUGAUGUCAUUAAGUCACACUUCCUGCACUGCUUCAUCGUGGUCCGGAGGGCUCAGAGGAAGGAGACGAGAGACACAGGCCAAGCUGCGUACCAGAUAUGCAUUACAGCCAGAGAAGAUGUUCCCCCAUUUGGUCCUGUCCUCCCUGAACCCCCCAUCUUCACUGAUCGCACCCUGCUGAGAGAAUUCCUCCUGACCAAGCUCAUCAAUGCAGAGAUUUCCUGCUAUAAAGCGGAGCAGUUCAGCAGACUGGAGCUGCGCACUCGCUCAUCACUUCUGGAGAGUCUGCAGGCAGAGCUCUCCACUCGUUCCCAGUGCAUGAUGGGAGAGCCGUCACCUUCUUCAAGUGCUGAGAGUGUCAGGGGGGUGCCUGAAGGGAGUGGGGGUUUUAUUGAGAACUUUAAGAGAGCCAUCAGAGUGAGGAGCCACUCAUUCGAGACCCUCAGUGUGCCCAGGAAGAUUAGUGGCAUCUCACCACAGAAGCCUAAGGCAGAGAGGGAUGCAGAGAGCGACAAAAUAUUCGACUGCUUGGGACCGGCGGAGGUCAGAGAUCAAGCAAGCCCUCAAGAGGAGACGUAGACCAUUUUGCAGACUUUAGACGUUAAUAGUGCACAUAUAGACAUCAACAGCCUGUAUGUUCACCUUACUGCCCGUGUGGAUGACUCAUGUAAAUAGAGAGUAAAGGUAGUAUCGCUACUGAUGUGAUUAUUUCACUGUAAUGGCAGUGAUUUUUGUGGCUUAAGAAAAUAUAAAUUAUAUUUCAGUUAAAUAUAUAAUAAAUAAAAGGCC